AUGCCAACAAUUAUGUUUUGGAGUCUCAUUAGUUGCAACUUAAAGUGUUCUAAUGUGUUGCCGUGUGUGAAGAACGAUGCCGUUAAUGAUGUAAGCGUCAGGUGUGAGCUGAAAGCUGAGAGCCAGGAGAUUCAGCCAUAG